UGAUACCCGAGUCUUGCUCCGGCCGUGGCAGCGGAGCCCCAGGCUGGGGCAGGAGCCGCAAUGUCUCAGGCCGUGCAGACAAACGGAACUCAACCAUUAAGCAAAACAUGGGAACUCAGUUUAUAUGAGUUACAACGAACACCUCAGGAGGCAAUAACAGAUGGCUUAGAAACUGUGGUUUCACCUUGAAGUCUACACAGUGAAUUAAUGUGCCCAAUUUGUUUGGAUAUGUUGAAGAACACCAUGUCUACGAAGGAGUGUUUACAUAGUUUUUGUGCAGACUGCAUCAUCACAGCCCUUAGAAGUGGUAACAAAGAAUGUCCUACCUGUCGGAAAAAACUAGUUUCCAAAAGAUCACUAAGGCCAGACCCAAACUUUGAUGCACUCAUCAGCAAAAUUUAUCCAAGUCGUGAUGAGUAUGAAGCUCAUCAAGAGAGAGUAUUAGCCAGGAUCAACAAGCACAAUAAUCAGCAAGCACUCAGUCACAGCAUUGAGGAAGGACUGAAGAUACAGGCCAUGAACAGACUGCAGCGAGGCAAGAAACAACAGACUGAAAAUGGUGGGGGGGCAGAAGAUAAUGGUGACAGUUCACAUUGUAGUAAUGCCUCCACACAUAGCAAUCAGGAAACAGGCCCUAGUGACAAACCAACCAAAACAUCUGAUGAUUCUGGGCUUGAGCUUGAUAAUAACAAUGCAGCAAUGGCAAUUGAUCCAGUAAUGGAUGGUGCUAGUGAAAUUGAAUUAGUAUUCAGGCCUCAUCCCACACUUAUGGAAAAAGAUGACAAUGCACAGAUGAGAUACAUAAAGACUUCUGGUAACACCACUGUUGAUCACUUAUCCAAGUAUCUGGCUGUGAGGUUAGCUUUAGAAGAACUUCGAAGCAAAGGUGAAUCAAACCAGAUGAACCUUGAUACAGCCAGUGAGAAGCAGUAUACCAUUUAUAUAGCAACAGCCAGUGGCCAGUUCACUGUACUAAAUGGCUCUUUUUCUUUGGAACUGGUCAGUGAGAAAUACUGGAAAGUGAAUACACCCAUGGAAGUUUACUACACACCUACAAAGGAGCACAAAUGA